GUCGUCAACGAAGCUUUCCCCGGCUUCAUAUUGACCGACUUACACCAUUCUUGUCUCAGUUGUUGCUUUCUUUUGUCCUGCUAUUGUGGUUGUUUUCAGCGUUUCCCAUGAUGCUUGCUUCGCGUGUUGCUCGUCCUGUUUCCCUUCUGGUACGACCCUUCAGUUCGUCCGCUGUGGUCUCCAGAACCCCCUCCAUUCGUGACAUCACUGCCGACUCGGCUACUGAGUUCAACGCGCGUCAAAAAGAGUUUCGUGAGAAUUUGGAGGUGGCCCGCAAGAAGAAGGAACAAGAGAGUCAGUCUGUCGAUGCUUCUGCUUCCUCAUCUGCCUCUUCCCCUCCCCCUACUUCCCGUGAUCGUUUCCGUGAGUACGCUACCGCUCCCGCUGCUCCUCAUUCGAGCAACACGAGCAGUACCAAUAAACAUGUUUUUGAUGCCGCUGCGGUUCUUGAUAGCAAGGCACUGGGCUCACUUUCCAUGCACCGUUCUCUAGGGGAUGAAGAAUUGAAGAAUCAGUCUCCCAAGCGUGGUGCUCUAUCGUCGCUCAUCUAUGGAACUAAGGAAGGCCAGCAGCUCGACAAAGACAUCGAACGCUCCUUCUCGCAAGUCCUCGCUCGCGGAAAAUAUGUCCACUCGAUCGUCUUCCACGAAGUCAAGCCCGAUAAGGUGGAUGAAUAUGUCGACCUCAUCAGCACCUGGUAUCCCCGCAUGGCCCAAAUGGAGGAGAACAAAUUGCAUCUGGUUGGCAGCUGGCGUACGCAAGUGGGCGAUAACGAUACUUUUGUCCACAUCUGGGAGUACCAGCGAUACGAUGGCUACCAUUCCUCAUUGCAUAGCAUAUCGCAACACCCGGAGUUCCCUGAAUUCGACCGAAAGCUGAAGAAGUUGAUUAAGAGCAAGAAAACAUCCCUCAUGCAAGAAUUCUCUUUCUGGCCCACGACCCCACCCCGCCGCCUGGGAGGUAUCUUCGAGCUCCGAUCGUACACUCUUCACCCUGGAAACCUCCUCGAAUGGGAAACGCACUGGCGACGUGGCCUCACAGCUCGUCGGGAGGUGAUGGAAGGUGUGGGCGCAUGGUUCGUGCAGAUUGGCGACUUGAACACGGUGCACCACUUGUGGCAGUUUGCGAACUUGGAAGAGCGCAAAAUCCGUCGGGAACAGUCGUGGCAGAUUGAAGGCUGGGCCGAGACCGUUCACAAGACGGUUCCACUGAUCCAAACCAUGCAAAGUCGGAUCCUGAUCCCGAUGCCGUGGAGCCCAGUUGGUUAAAUCUGGAGAGUGCUAUGAAUAGGGCGAAUCUGGAACACUGAGGCGCUAUCACUAUUUCUUAGCGCAACCUUAUUUCGAGCACCCCGUGGCUGGGUGCAGGUACUCCAACCAACCAACCUCGAUUGACUGUGGAAGUGAUUUUACUCCGUAUUGUAUAUGGAAGCUUGAUUGUUUGGGGGUGGUUCCAAAGAGGUAUUGGUUGACCGUCGACGACUUUUAUGUCUUACAAUUUUCUGAUACCUGGGACAUCGGCCAUCGUACAUAUAUUUCUUUU